AUAGCUUUGAGCCCAUGAGUAUUUCACAUUUGGCCCUGCCAUGGCCAACGCCUAGGUUCUGAACGCAACACUCGAUUCCGCGGGACGAGGGCUUCUUGCCCUCUGCAGCUCGAAAGAUGUAUACGGACGCGUUAGAUUCGCUGCUGUAUCUUACAGCGGCAGCUCUUGCAGCUGUGAUUGCGAGCGUGCUGCUGGCGUUCUGUGUACUGAUGGGCGUGGUGGCGUUCUUCCAUCCCUUCGCCGACGGGGGCGGUGGCGGAGAGCGCGUGCUUUGGUGCGCGGUCAAGGCGGUGCACGACGCCUCCAAGACAGCCAAGGUGGUCAUCUACUGUCGUGAGGGCUUGAGUGCGGCCGCCCUAGUGGAGGACGCGCAGCGCCGCUUUAACAUACGCAUCGACAAGCCCAUACAGGUGGUGCCGCUGCGGCGUGUGGGCCUCAUCCAGCCGGAGCGUUACCCGCGCCUGACGCUGGUGCGGCAGGCGCUGGGCAGUGUGGCGCUGGGCUGGGAGGCGCUGAGGCAGGUGGUGCCGGAGGUGUACAUCGACACCACGGGCUGGGCCUUCCCCUACCCGCUGGCCUGGCGAGCCGGCGCCGCUGUGGUGGCGUACGUGCACUACCCCACCAUCAGCUCCGACAUGCUGGCGGCGGUGUGGGCCGGCAGCGCCACAGCCGUCAGCAACGACGCCGACAUCGCGGAGUCGCCCAUCAAGACCGCCGCCAAGCUGCUCUACUACGGCGCUCUGGCGGGCUGGUACGCCGGCUGCGGCGCCGUGACGCGGCUGGCGGCCGUCAACAGCAGCUGGACGCGGCGACACAUCGCGGGGCUGUGGCGCCUGGCGCGCAGGCCGCCCGUGCUGGUGUACCCGCCUGUGGACACGGCCGAGCUGCAGACGCUGCCGCUGGACCGCAAGCUCAAGCAGCUGUACCUGGUGUCCGUCAACCAGUUCCGGCCCGAGAAGAACCACCGGCUGCAGCUGGAGGCCUUCGCCGCCGCCAAGCGCUCGCCCGCCGCCGCCGCGCCCACGCUGGCGGGUGCGGCGCUGCGGGAGGCGCGGCUGAAGCUGGUGGGCGGCGUGCGCGGGCCGGCGGACGAGGCGCGGCUGGCGGGCCUGAAGGCGUACGCGGCGGAGCUGGGCAUUGCGGACAGCUGCGAGUGGAUUGUGAACGCGCCCUUCUCCGAGCUGCGCCAGCUGCUGGGCGGCGCGGUGGCGGGCCUGCACACCAUGACGGACGAGCACUUCGGCAUCAGCGUGGUGGAGUACAUGGCGGCGGGCUGCGUGCCCAUUGCCCACAACUCGGCCGGCCCCAAGAUGGACAUUGUGUUGCCGCUGCUGCUGGACGCCCAGGGCGCGGCGGCGCUGGCGGCGGCGGCCGGCUUGGGCCGCGGCGGCAGCGACAGCCUGGGCGGCUGCGGCGGCGCCGACGGCUUGCUCGGCCCCGCCGCCGACUCCCCCCUGGUGCUGGACGCGGGCGCGCACGUGUCGCCAGCUGGGGCCGCGGGCGCGGGCACGUGUCAGGCUGGUGGCGGCGGUGGUGGUGCUGUGGGCGGUGGCGCGGUGCAGGUGACUGGGUUCCUGGCUACCACUGUGGACGAGUACGCGGAGGCCAUCAUCAAGGUCCUGACCAUGGACCAGCGCGAGCGGCUGCGUGUGGCCGCCGCCGCCCAGCGCCAGGCGGGCCGCUUCAGCACGGAGCGCUUCCUGCAGGACUUCACCGCCGCGCUGGCGGAUGUGCUGCCGCCCUAGAGAGGGAGCGGGAGGGGAAGCAGGGGGGGCAGGAGGAAGGGGCGGGAGGAAGGGGCCGGGGAGGAGGCAGGGGUAGAAGGCGCGAGGUAGGGGAGGAAGGUGCGGGCUUCUUUGCACCCUUCCAAUUAAGCAAUCAGAGACAUGCGGGUGCAGGACAGGAGGGGAUGGAGGCAGGGAUCGGGGUGGGAGGUGUGGGCGCGAAUGCCCCAGCCGCCCACGCAGCAUGCGCCAGUGCCAGCCACCGGGACUGGGCAGCAGGCGCUGGUGCUGGAGGCGCAGGUGGUGCUGAGGGAGGUGAGCUGCCGGAGAGGCAGGUAGGUGUGUCCAAAGCCAAACAGUACUCAAUACCCGGAGCGGAGUAAAAGGGAGGAGAGGAGGAGAGCGGCGGUGUGUUCCAAUAAUAACCUUUCAACGGACCCCGGAAGGUUGUUGCGGUGCCACGUGCCAGCAGUCGGGCACGAGUGCCGUACAGGCGCUGCAGCGCUGCCCGGCACACACGUCCUGUGGUUUUGGGGAACUGGGCACUGACGCUUUGCGUGGGUAGCAGGCAAGCAGGACUGUUGCUGUGUGCUCCCCCACACCUCGUGGUGCAGAUCAAUGGGCCCCUUGCUGGGUGGGCGGAGAGGGCGGGUGGGAUUGGUACAGAGAAGUGUAGCGAGGUAGACAGGGGGGGCAGAAUAAAAGCUCACGCACCUGUCCUCACUGCGAAGCACGUUGCGGGGCUCACCCUUGCAAAGGCAUUUGUCAGUUUGAAGGUGGCUUCGGCUGGGCCGGCAUUCCAUAGGCCCAGGCGCUGAGGCCCGAGGCGGUCGCGUGUGCGGAACCAGGCAUACAUUGAAGGACAUAGGUGCUUCUGGCUUACGGUUUGACGGUUGCACUGCGGCGCCCGGGAGAAUAGGGUUAUGAUGCGGUUGCGGAGGCCGUGAGUGUGUGUGUGUGUGUGUGUGUGUGCGUGUGCGUGUGCGUGUGCGUGUGCGUGUUUGUGUGUGUGUGUGUGUGUGUGUAUGUAUGCAUGUUGGGGUCCAUGUGCGAUAAUGGUAUAGCACUACGGCACUUGAUGUGGGUGGCGGCGGCAGGGAGGCACUGGGGCCACGGUUGGUGCCUUGAUGGUGUGCGAGACAGGGAGUCGGGCCGGGGGCGGAGAGAGCGUGAGGCACAACGACCACCUGCGAUGGAGUUGUUGUGUAGGGACGUGGGGUUGCGUGUCAGCGGCAAGGCCGCGUGCCCCAAUGCAUUGGUGUGAGGGGGCCAUGUGUCACCAUACAUGUCGUGUGCAUGCGGACGCCGCAAGGCGGGUGGGGUGGCGGAGGGGUGCUGCGUAUGCCAGGGCGAUGGGGCAGGGCAAGGAGCAGUUUGGCGUCAUCCCGUAGCGUGCCGCGUAUACCUUGACGCCAACAAUCAAUGUGCAACGUCAAAGCAAGAGCGCGCGGCUGGUAUAACGCCGGAGCUAUUGUACCGGGACAUCGCUGACGACUUGCUGGCAGGCUGGUACUGGUAGUCUGCUGAUGUGCAUUCCUCGCGCUCGGGGCUCGUGAACUGCGUCAGCAGGUCCCUCUUGUAAGCAAUGCAAUGG